AUGAACAACAUUCCGCCAGCAUUUGUUCUAUCUUGGACAUCCGGUAGAGUGGUAAUUCUCUGCCCAUUUCCAUCGUGUGAUCAGAAGUUACAUGGCCAUGGCUACUCCAUUCCAACCAAAGACCAUCUUAAUUCUAGAGCAGCACAUUGUUACCCAAGACGGCCGUUGCAAUAUAGAAUUCUAUUCCCGUAUGAAGACGAUCCUUUGGUUCGGAAUAUCAAUUUCUUGUUGGAUCGAAGAGGAAAGAAGUGGAUUAGUGUUGCCGAUGGACUAGUAGACCCGAGAGUCGAUGAGGAAGAAGAGUUGCUUUGCAAUGAAUUAGCGAAGACUCAAAUUUCGAAAACUAGGAAUCAGUCGGAGGAAUACGUUCUUGAUAGCAAGGAAGCGCAGUGGUUUUUGUCCGAAUGCACUCGCGGCGAUCUAGACAGAUGUAAACGCAGGCUCGAAAAGUCGGACCAUAAAGAAAUACUGGUGAAAGGAAAGGAUUUGUCUGAUGGUAGGACUGCGCUAUCUCUUGCAUGUGUAGAAGGUCAUUUGGAAAUCGCCGGCUUAUUGGUCAAGCAUGGUGCUGGUCUGGAAAGUUUUGACAAUGAUGGAAGAACUCCAAUAAUGGUAGCCACUGCCAACCAUCAUGGCGAGCUAGCAUAUUUUUUAGCGCAGCUUGGUGCUUCGCUAUUUGUGAGCGAUAAUACGUCUACGACAUUAAUUAAAAUGCUCAAGGCUGCGCUUGAGAAGGUAACUGAGUUUGAUAUGUCAGAUGCCACUAUUUUCAUCCAUGACUCAGAAGAAUCAUCUGAAUCUUCCGACCGAAUGUACAAGCAUAAACUUUUCCUUGGAGCCAAAAAGAAAAGCAAAAAAGGGUUCAGGGACUUGAUUGAUCUCUAUAUGGCAUUAAAGCCCGAAAAAUAUGUUAGCACGGGAUCAUCGACUGGACCAAAAGGCCACAAUGCAUUUAGCAUUGUCCAUUCGAACAAAAAUAAUAGGGCACAAGUCUCUUUCAGCAAGACCCUCUUUGAAACUGAAAUGGGCAGAGAGAGCAAGACAUUCGCAUUCCUGGAUCGCGGUGAACUUUUCGACCACAUUCAAGCCGUGGCUCUAAGCGGCUUCACAUCGGGCGAUGUUGGGGCCAAAGAUGGCUGCUUAGACCGUAGUCUCUGGACUUCAAGAGUUAUGAAGUAUUGUAAAGUGGUAGGACAUGAAUUGGGGCGCGUCGACCAAAAUGGCAAAAGUCCCAGAAGAAUAUCAUGCUUUCCAUGCGGAAAAACAGCUCAUGGCGUAUUUCUUGUGGAUGCAUACAACAAUAGACGUGGAGUUUGA